UAUAAUAAAUAUAUUAAAUGCUAACUAAGAGUGCUAAAGGUGAUUAAUUACAUUAAACUAUUACUACAGUAUCAAUCAAAUCUUAAAAUUAGAUAAAUUAUAAAUCACUUAUUACUUCAGAUAAAACCUCAGGUGAUAUCCCAUAAUAUAUCAAAACAAAAUGUAAAAUCAAAUUGCCCAAAUAAAAACUUUAUUUACCUUAUUUACAUAAUAGAGAACCCUCUCUACCAACUAUAAAGUCUCCUCUAAAUAAAUAAUAACAAUUAAACACCAUGAGUUGGAUAUCAUUAAUUUAAGUCUAAAAUAAACCUAGAGAAAGAUCUAUUUCUAAUGCAAAUGAAACCUAUUUUUAAAGAACAAGAUAAGUUAGCUUUUUGGAGAAUCUUCUAAAACAACUUAAUAAAAAUAAAAAAUUAUCAUGA